AUGAUGGCUCCUGGCAGCACUGACGCUGGAAGCUCGUGCGCUUGUAAAGGCAUCAGACGGUGUCUCCUGUGCGAGAAGACCAAAGAAAACACACAUCUGGAAGCGAAUGAACCAAAACUGGUGCGUCGUUUCCUCUACGAUCCCGAGACAAAGCUCGCCGUUAGCAGAGACACAGAGCAGCCCGCGCCGUCGUCUUUCCCCUUUCCUGGCGUCUUCCUGUGGGAGAACUUCAUAUCAGAAGAAGAAGAGGAGGAGCUGAUACGCAGCAUGGACCAAGAUGUGUGGAAUCACUCCCAGUCUGGUCGAAGGAAGCAGGACUUUGGCCCGAAAGUGAACUUCAAGAAAAAGAAAGUGCGCUUUGCCGGCUUCAGCGGACUUCCCGCUUCGAGCCGGGACCUCGUCCUCCGCAUGCAGCGCGAUCCGAGCCUGGCGGACUUCCGACCGGUGGAGCAGUGCAACCUGGACUACCACCCGGAACGAGGCUCGGCCAUCGACCCCCACCUGGACGACUCCUGGCUGUGGGGGGAACGUCUGGUCACCGUCAACAUGUUGUCCGACACCGUGCUCACCAUGUCGCUACGGCAAUGCGGUCUCCAUGACGACGGGCCGACGGAGGAGGAGGAGGAGGAAGUCCACGUGGCGGUGCGUCUCCCUCGCAGGUGUUUGGUGGUGUUGUUCGGCGAGGCGCGGCACCGCUGGAAACACGCCAUUCACAGGACGGACGUUCAGCAGCGCAGAGUCUGCAGCACCUACAGAGAACUGUCUCAGGAGUUCCUACCUGGAGGACAACGAGAGGAGACGGGAGCUCAGCUGCUGCACACGGCUCUCAGCUUCACUGGAACGCCUGUAUGA